AUGUCCACCGCUCCGGCUCGCGUCCACAAGCGGGCUUAUCAGGCUUGUAUUCCCUGUCGCGAACGUAGAGUUCGCUGCGACCUGGGAUCCGUUGACUCUCCUCACGAUGGUCCUUGUGGAAGAUGUCGGCGAGAACGUAAAUUUUGCCAUUUCUCCGCUACAAGGGGGAAAAAGAAGGCAGGGACUGCAGCGGGAACCUCUCGACAGACUACUCAACAGCCAGAAGAGGGAUAUCUGCCUCAGUCCGACAGACCUAGUGCAUUUGGAAGUCCCGUUACUAGCCCCCAUGGCAACAACCUUAAUGAGUUUAAUUCAGCUGCCCACUCACUUGCAACACGGAUUGGGAUUGGUAAUGGUAGCCAAAUCAAAAUCCCUCAGGAUAUCCUAAUGCGGAUGACCUCCAGUGACUAUGGACCGCAAGCUAGCUCGUCAGGCGGCGAGAAAACAGUGGCAGCCCUCCUUCGUGACGCUGCCUACACUUCCCACGAUGCCCUAAAGCUUCUCUGGGAAGCAGGGAGGCAUAGCGAACGGGACCGGGGAAAUCCUCCUGGCACUACAGCAUCUGCCGGGCCUUCCACAGCCACCAGCGGUCCCAUAAGGCCGUCGGUAGCAUCGUCAAGUAAGCACGGCUCCGUGACCGAUGAUUCUCGCCAGCCCUGGUCAAACUUGCGUUUUGUUCGAACGGGCCUUUUUACUGCAGAAGAAGCCAUAGAACUUGUUAAUUAUUUCCAUGCCUACCUCGCGCCGUUUACGCCUAUUUCUUCCUCCUCUUUCCAGGACCCAUCAACGCAUCCAACUUUGCUGGAAGAAGAACCCAUCCUUGCCGUCACAAUCUUGAUGCUUGCCUCACGGUAUAUGAAAUUCUCAGGUGCCGGAUCAAUUUCUAGGUCUUAUAUGGUCCAUGAACGCCUGUGGCAACAUCUACAAGGAAUGAUUUCUCGCAUGAUCUUCGGGCAGGAACAGUUCGCUGGGGCCACGCAUGAUAACGGUUCCUCAACUGAUUGUUCCGGCCAGGCUUCUGAAUCCGCUCUUGCUGGGUCGAACUUUGGAAGUCUUCGCACACUGGGAACGUGCGAGGCUUUGCUUCUUCUUUCUGAGUGGCAUCCCCGCUCCCUUAAUGUCCCAGCAGGCGAUGACGGAGAUAGCAUAAUAGUCAAAGAUGAUGUCCGACGGCCUCGGGCUAGUACCGCGGGGAUUGGUGGCCGCAUUCGGAUUGAUUGGCUAGAGCCUGUUUGGAGAUCGGAUCGUAUGUGCUGGUCCAUGCUGGGGAAUGCGCUGGCUCUUGCGGUUGAGCUUGGUAUCUUUGACGAAUAUGACAACACAACCAUAGGAGCUCGAGAGUCUCGCCGAGACAUAUGGAAUGAUCCGUCCUCGAGCCAACGGGCGUAUCGCGUACAGCAUUUACUUUGGGUAUAUCUCACCCAGACAUCAGGAAGGCUAGGGUGGAAAAAUCUGACGUCCGUUUCCGUGACUCACCAUGAGGCUGGUCUGAAGCACGGAGAUACAAUUCGAUGUUGGAUAGGUGUUGCGUCUCUCAUGAAACGAGGGAACGAACUGCUGUUUACAUCUCGAGAUCGGACAAAGGAGAUGGUUCGAAGCGGCGAAUAUCUUGCAAUUCUUCGUGUUCUUAAUCCCUUGCUUAGAGAGUGGCAGGUGGAAUUUGAUCGAGCAAAACUAUCAAAGCCAAUGAGGGCUAUACUUUCAAUAGAGUAUGGCUAUGUUCGAGUGUCUAUUAAUAGUGUAGCUCUUCAGGCUGUUAUUGAACACCGUGGCCGAGGUACCAAUGAUGGUACGGAUAUGCGAGUUUCAUCGGUGCUGAAUACCUUCGAAGGAAAUAAGGAAUACUUUAUGGAAGUAGUUUUCGCUGCUAGGGCAAUUUUGCAGACCGUCGUGGAGGAUCUCGUACCUAACAAUCGCCUACGACAUGUCCCCAUACGAACUUAUUCAAGGAUUCUGGCGGGAGCUAUGUUCUGCCUGAAGGCAUUUGCCCUUGGGGUCAAGGAUGAAGAGACUAUAGUCUCACUGGAGUUAGUUGAGCGCACUGCAGAGGCGCUUUGUACAUGCGUAGUGGACGACGUCCACUUGAGCAACCGAUUCGGUGAACUUCUCACCGCAUUAGCAUCUAGCCUUCGGAGUCGCGUAAUGGGAACAUUAGGAAAUGAGCAUCCUCAGAGCGGGAAUAUGACAGCCGGCAAUACGCCGUCACAACGUAAUCAAUUUGAAGAUAGAGCAACAUCCGACAUUCCCAUAACCGCUAAUAAUCACGCUUACGACCCUCCUGUCGACUCGGCGAACACGGAGCCCUUGAUGUCGCCAAAACAAGAUUACAGUUCGCGCGGCUCGUCAAAUGUCUCUGUGGCAACUAGCGAACCGAGCGGCUAUUUGCCUAUGCAUCCUCCAACUAGAACUCUCGAUCAAAUUUCUUUCCAACACGAUCCUCUGAUGAGUUUUGCUGGCCUAGGACCUAAUCAGCUUGGGUGGUCAGGUGGACAGGAUUUUUUUGACAUGCUGGGUCCUUUAUUGGAUGUCCAGUAUGAACAAUAUCGCUAA